UGUCGGUUUCUAUAUAUAGCCCGACUGCUGGUAGGAUUCUCAUACUUAACUGAUAAUGUCUAAUUUCAUAGUUUCUGCUGAUAACUUUGCAUACGUCAAUAUCGCGGACAUCACGUGUCAACCGUAGCCCUAUUGAUACGUAGAGAUAAAACAAAAGAACAUAGACAAUACGCUCACGUGUAUCAUUAUUUGUUGUGAACCGGAAACGCGUAUGCAGGAUUGACACAGCAUUCCAGAAGCUCUAUCGGAGCACACGCACUGUGCCCACCGGGACUGCUUUCUUUUCUUACCUAUUUCGUUUAACACCACAUGCCACAAAAGACCCUUAUCACCAGUAUGAAUCAUUUCCUUAACCUACCAGAUGAGUUGUGUGCUAGGAUUUUUCAAUACCUUCACCCAAUCAAAGAUAGGCUACCUCGGCUUGCGUUGGUCUGUUCCAAAUGGCAGAAGAUUCUUGCGUUUACACCAUCCCUAUGGCGACGACUUCACAUUCGUUCUGGAAUGAAUCUUAUGUGGUACAAUGCCAUAAUUGUCCGUAUUUUCUUGACGUACGGACACUUCGUAGAAGAGCUAAGUUGGACGACUGGUUUGAAAGUAUAUGAAGAUGCAUUUGAGAGUCUUCCUCUUCUUACAAAUCUAAAACAUCUUAAACUGCCCAUUGUUUGGAAUAAAUCUGUCGUUGAAACUGUCUCGGGUCUUGAGAACCUUGAAGUAAUCUACAUAAACGGAGGUUUCGAGUUAACAGACGAUGACAUCCUUCUUUUGGCGCGAAGUUGUCCAAAGUUGAAAAAAGUUGCAGUAAACAGUUGUUGGAGAAUUUCUGCCAAAUCUGUCCAGGAGUUCCUAGAAUUGUGUAAAAAUCUCGAGAACUUUAAACUCAAGGUCAAUGUUGGUCUGCCACUCCAAGACUAUAGGAGUGACACGGCAAUGUUGCAAGGUGAGAUGCUUAUUCGUUCUCUGGCAACAUCAGCACGGGCUGAAACCAUCAGCUCCUUGAACGUAAACUUUGUGUCGGUUGAAAUGAAUGAACUAUGGAGUGUUGUGACAAACCUCACAAGACUGCGUAAGCUGGUUGUAAGUAACUGUGAGACGCUGCACGGGAUUCGUCUACGAUCAGCGUCCCUAAAAUCUAUUACACUUUACAAUCUGUGGUCGGUGCUCUUCGUGAGUGUUUGCGCCCCCAACCUGAACAAAAUGAGAGUGGAAAAUGGCUUAGAAUCAAGCGAGCAUGUCGAAGUGUUUGCCGCUAAUCUAAAUUCUUUUUACAUAGAUGGCAGCGGUGUUGUUCGAACUUUAACUAUACUUAGCAAAACCUUGCUAAAAUUUUGCAUCUGCAACUGCGCAGCAAUCGAUAGACGCAGUCUUUUCAGAUGUCUUGCUGAUAAUCCGUCGUUGAAGAAGCUGACAAUUGGUGAUGUUGGUCACGAGGACAUCUGCCUCGACAGUGUUCAUUUCCAAAGUCUCAAGAACUUGGUUCUGAUGGAAGACUUCGCCUGCAGAUCUCUAAAUGUCAGGUGCAAGUCUUUAAGAACUCUUUAUUUGGCAGAGGAAGCCGAACUGCCAAGUUUGAACAGAAUUCUUCUGGUGGCUGACCACUUACAGCAGAUUAGUUUAACCAGCAUUCCAUUCUUACACAACCUCACGAUUCAAUGUCAGGAACUAGAGAACCUCGAAGUCAAUAUAUGCAAUGAUAACAGGCUAGUGCUUGAUUCCCUUGUUGUACAGGCAACCCGACGUAUAGGAGUUUUGCGUCUCUUUGACUGUAGAAUUGGAGCGGUAAUUGUGAGCACACCAGCUGUGGGAUCAAUAGUGUUUUAUCGAUGUCAUGUAACAGACUAUGCUUUACAAAUGACGUUAGGUUCAUGUUGUAACCUACAGCAUUUUAGUUUGGAGAAGAGUUACGGGUUCGACCAAGUCAUUAUACCGGAAAGCACGACUUUAAAUUAUUUAAAUUUGUAUGGAUGCAAAAAUACUCGCAAAGUUAUCAUCGACUACCAUGCACUGCGUGGAAUCAACCUGAGCAUGUGCAAAGAUGCUAAUCUAAGAAUUCAAGGGAAACGAAUAAAUCUACAUCCUGAACAUUUUCCCCAAGAGACUUCUAUAAUUUUACCAGACCGCCCUCUACGAUGGACACACGAUGCAAUUCCAAAAACUUGUAUUGAUAUUGUAUAAAUGCACACGUUAUUAUUCAAACAUAUAAUCUUAAAACGGGAUUUAUUUUCUUAAAAAAACUUGAAGUGGUAACAAUUGUGCUUUAUUAUUAUUAUAAGUUUACAUGAAUAUAAAGUAACAACGUUUUUACUUUUUUUCGUUAUCAUGAAUAAAAAUAAAGAGACAUGCUAUUGAGUUUUA